AUGUAUCAAGGAACGCCAACGCAAAGCCAACCACCUACCAGAGAACCAAAGUUACCUCCAAAAGAUGAUUCUCAACCAUGUCUCCGCGAAGCAUGUCAAAUUCAAACAUGCUUGCAAGAGAAUGAUUUUCAAGAGGCACGUUGUCAAAACGCAAUUGAUAAAUUACUUCAAUGCUGUGAAAAGUUACUAAAGAGUGGGGGCGAAUCACCAAGUUGUUCUAGUGUAAAGAAUAAAAAAUAA